ACAGUUAAGAGCCAUGUUUAGACAAGAGCAGCUAACCUGGCCAGCUGGUCCCCAGCUGCAUUAACUUGUUGCUUUUCAAGCCAUCUCUGGAGGCCAUUGGUUCCUUCUGGCUGCCUCUGUGCCACCUCGGAGUGGGGAAUCCCAAGGCUUCCUUGAGGAUGGAGGAAGCCUCAGGGCAGUGGGCAAUGAUCACGGACCCAACGAUGACUCUGAAUAAUGUCACCAUGCGCCAGGGCACUGUGGGCAUGCAGCCCCAGCAGCAGCGCUGGAGCAUCCCAGCUGAUGGCAGGCACCUGAUGGUCCAGAAGGAGCCCUACCAGUACAGCCAGCGCAACCGUCACUCAGCUGCCCCCGAGGACCACUGCCGCCAGAGCUGGUCCUCCGACUCCACGGACUCAGUCAUCUCCUCCGAGUCCGGGAACACUUACUACCGGGUGGUUCUCAUAGGGGAGCAGGGGGUGGGCAAGUCCACUCUGGCCAACAUCUUUGCGGGUGUGCAUGACAGCCUGGACAGCGACUGUGAAGUGCUGGGAGAAGAUACAUAUGAACGAACACUGAUUGUUGAUGGGGAAAGUGCAACAAUUAUACUCCUGGACAUGUGGGAAAAUAAGGGGGAGAACGAGUGGCUUCAAGAUCACUGCAUGCAAGUCGGGGAUGCCUACCUGAUUGUCUACUCCAUCACGGACCGCGCCAGCUUCGAGAAGGCAUCUGAGCUGCGAAUCCAGCUCCGCAGGGCCCGGCAGACAGAGGACAUUCCUAUAAUCUUGGUUGGCAACAAAAGUGACCUGGUGCGGUGCCGGGAAGUGUCUGUAUCAGAAGGCAGAGCGUGUGCUGUGGUGUUCGACUGCAAGUUCAUUGAGACCUCAGCGGCUGUCCAGCACAACGUCAAGGAGCUGUUUGAGGGCAUCGUGCGGCAGGUCCGACUCCGGCGGGACAGCAAGGAGAAGAACGAGCGGCGACUGGCCUAUCAGAAGAGGAGGGAGAGCAUCCCCAGGAAAGCCAGACGCUUCUGGGGCAAGAUCGUAGCCAAAAACAACAAGAACAUGGCCUUCAAGCUCAAGUCCAAAUCCUGCCAUGACCUCUCUGUGCUCUAGGUACCCAGAGUCACCCAGAUGUCCCCCGAUGGACGUCACUGAAGGCCAUUGGGACCCAUAAUCUAUAUUAGAUUGGAUUCUUAAGUAGUGUAAGAUGUGGCUUCCCCUGUUGUAGCUGGGAACUAACAUGUUCACUGGUGGGCAACAUUAAUGCAUGGGAAAUGAAAGAUCUUUGUAAAGAGUCAGUAUUUAUUUACAUGAAAAGCCUGACCUUUGCUACAUGGACACCCGAGACUCGAGAGAGCGUGGUUGGUGUUCACAUGUGUUUCCUCUCUCCUUUGGUUUGUAGAGGAUGAGUGCCUAGGCAAGAACUUUUUCUUAUUAAGAUGUUGCCCGGUGUUCUGAUAUGUGACUCUGAGGCCAAUCAGGGGUCACAGAUAUAGGAAGGCUGUCAAAGGAAUUUUUCAAAGGAGGGAGAACUUCUUUCUCUGUACCAUGUAUUCGUGGAGCUAGGAUUGCCCGACGGGGCUCAUCACGAUCAUGAGUAUGAUGCUCCAUGAAGCUGUGAAAAGAAAUGAUGGACUUGCUGGAAACUAAAGCUUAGCAAACAGUUUUUUGUUCAGUGCCCACAGUGGGGGAUCCAGAAAUUUGUAGAAUUGGGAACUGAUACCUGUACCACUAAUGGGUUCAAAAAUUCUCUCUUUACGACUGUGUCUUAUAAUUUUUUAUUUAGGGGAAAAUUAUUUUAGUCAAAUUCUAUUGCAUCAAACCACCUUUUAUGUUUCAUUAUUUUUCAAAUCAUAAGGGCAUCAUAAAAAUAUUUUUAAAAUCUGAAUUAUUGAGAACCUGGAGCACACAAUACAAAGUUUUUGAAUAUAAUCGAAGGUCUGAAUUUUUAUAAAACAUGAGACAUAAUACUUCCAAUACUUUGGGUUGACCCUUGUAUACCACAGCUUUGCUCUAUUUAUUAUUAUUUUGCAAAGUAACAACCAUUUUAACAUUUGAUAAAGCAUAUUUAUGAACAUAUUUCUUAAUGAGAAAAAUGCUCAUUUUAUUACCAUUUUCUAUCUUUUUCAGAAUAUGCAAGUUUUUAUCUAUAUGUCUUCUAAUAAAAGAAAUAAAAUAUUUGAAAAAAAGGCAUUCCUAAAUGUUUUUUCCUUUCCUACAAGGUGUAUAAAGAUUCAGUAUUUUGCUAUAGCUUCUAGAGAAAGCACAUUAUAAAGAAACAUACUUAUUGUAUUUCUUCACUUCACUGGUGGAAGCCCAGU